AUGUCAAUUGUUAACGAUGCUGUCUAUUCUUCGCGUCUGAAUCCUGAUAUUACUACCACCACCCCUCCUGUCAAUACGCUUGCCGACAAACUCCUGUCCAGAAAGCGCAAACGCGACGGCGACGCUCUGCCAGCGAAAGCGCCACGUCAAGUGCAGCCCUCACCAAGAGGAGGCAUUCCACUGCAAAAGUCCUUCUCCGAGAGUUGCCUCCCUCCGACUGUGCAUCCACACGCUAGACCACCACAGACAUUCGUCGUCCGGUCCGUUAACAAUGACAAGCCGCUGUCCUUUCGCAUCCUCAAGUCGCUUCCUCGCGCUGCUUUGCCCUUGAGCUACAUCGACAACGCCGACUCUCCCACCACCCUCUUCUCCGCCCGUCUACCACAACUCGACCAUGACGACCCGCCGUUCCCCCUCGUCCUCAUCGCCUGUCUCGACUCGCCCAGCCAAGUCCUGCACGCAGUGGAAAGAGUCGGAGGAAAGAGACAUGCCUUGUGCAGACUUGCUACCUGGCUGAAGCCGUACCACAUCGACUCCCUGCUCGUGCCCUCUCAAGCCACGCCUCAAUCGCUGCGUGCCCGACCCGUCCACUCUUCGCCUCAAUCAUGGUGGCAGGCAGCAGCUCUCCCAGGCCCAGUCUUGUCCAGCGCGCCAUCUCGUAAAGCUCCUCGUCUCUCGCUCUGCCGUGUCGACUCGCACCCUGUCGAGCCCUUGCCCUUGUCAGACCCGCACGCUGUACCACUGUCGAUCGACCAAUCCAUUCCUACCGGGGAGACGUGCCAGACCGUCGACCAUGUCCUGAGUCGCUUCAUCGCCCAAUACCUUGAUACACUCUACCUCUCCAGAACGCCGCUCGCCUUCUUCGCCAAAGGUCCGCUGGCGCGCUUGCGAGCCGCUUUCACCAAAAGUCAGCUCGAAGGAACUUCCUUGUCCGCCCUCACCCAAUUCCUACGAAGUCUGCUGCUCUCGUCUUCGACAAGCGACAAAAAGUACCGCGACAAACUGCCUGAGCUUCUGAAAGAGCUGCCAUCACAACUGCCCGACCAGCAUCAUACCCCUGCUGCAAAGAAAAAGAGUCGCAAGAAGAAGCUGAAGCCCGACAAGUGUGGUCUACUCCCAGAAGAGACAGACUCCUUUGCAAAGUGGUGGUACCAGGACGAGACCUCUGCGCCAUCUGGCGAGACGGCCGAGCAGACAUUGAAGCGGAGAACCCCCAGUCUUCGCACGCGUGAGACGUUUAUGCAAGUCGUUCUCGCUCUAGAGAUUCUCAGCCUCGAAGCGCUUCCGGACUUCAAGACGCUGCAAGACGAAGUGCCACAGCCAAAAAGCAAGAAGGGUGAUACAGUCGUUUUGAGCUUGGAGUUGCUUGUCGACAAACUCUGUAUCUGGCACUCACUGCACACCGUCGACCUGUUGGGAGACGGUGUCAAGGCUGGGAAGACGGCAAAAGACGGUGCCAGUCAGCUCAGCAACUUCUGCAUCGAUGUCAUAAUCCCAUUCUACAUGUCACGCACGUAUGAGCACGCCUCAGCAGUCAACAAGAAGCUCGGUGGUCCAGGUGCCUUGACUAACACGAAGCCUAAGCCCAGUCGCAAGCAUUCUGAAGCAGACGUCACGGCUACCGUUGAGAUGAAUGCCCGACGUACACUGGCUCGUGUCGCAACAGACAGCUUCCCGCCGCCAGCCAAAACUCCUCGAUCUUUCAGCCGCUCAGCCACCGACUCGCAAGUUGUUCCUAUUAAGCGUGAGACUUCGGACAUCUCGCUGUCGUCCAUACCCAUCCGUCGCGACAGUCAACCAGCUUUGGCAAGGAAGAGUGAGGUUCUGGAGAGGCAUCGUUUGCGUCAACGAGAAGUCGACUUUGGUGCACUGGCUGCUGCCAACGAGGCCAAAGCGAGAAAGAAGCAAGAGGUUGAGCAGAAACUCAAGGAUGCUAUCUCGACCUUGAAGAAGCCAAGCCGAGCCACUGUGUCUGGUGAGUUUGUGGAUGCUGUCGAGCAACGAAAGCGCAUGGCAGAAGGCCGAGCAAGACCACCACUUUCGAAGCGAAAGUCUUCUUCUAUGGCUCAAGUUGCUGCAACUCCGAAGAAUGGUCACAAGAACUCUGCUAUUGCCGCCACGCCACAUCGCAUACCUGGUCCAUCAUUCGUCCAACCGUCGGUCUCAUCUUCUGGCCCUUCGAUGGUGCCGUCUUCCAACAUCAAGCAAAAGUCUUUGUCAUUUGCUCACUUUUCUCCGGUCAAUGAGGCCUCCGACGACGAUGAUCAUGACGCGAUACCUGCUACAGACCAUCGACCUCGGCACAAAAAUGCCCUUGCCGAAACCCCUUUGAAACCUCGAGUUGGCUUUGCCGAUCUGGCUCCUGCUGAUUCUGACGACGAUGAGGAGAGCUCAAAACUCAUCGGAAGUGACAGAGGAGAUUCAUCACCGUUACGUGAGAGUCCGACUUUGUUGAAGACACCAAGCAAGCCGCAGCGACCCAGCUUUAGCAUCACUCCAAGCAAGCCCACGCCGCCCUUGAAUUUUGGCAAGGGCAAAGCUAAAGAGAGUGUAGCAGCAACGCCGAUCAAGAUCGCUCCAACGGUAGCGCAAAGAGAUGAGCGCGCUGGACGCGAAGGAAGAAUCGGACAACGCAGUCACGAAGAGGAACGAUCAAAGGGUCAGCCUGACGAUAUCUACGCUGCUCUAGGUUGGGAUGAUGACCUUGAUGAUGACUAA